AUGGGCGACUUCGAUAACGGGGCGAACUGGUCUGGCCAGCAGGUCGGGGGCGCCGAGGGCGACGUGCAGCGCUUCGACAACUCGGUCAACAACGCGUUCGACGACGGUGUCCAGCACGUCGCCGAUGCCCCCGAUGACGCCGCGCACUGGGCGGGCGACCAGGCCGGAGAUGUGGCCCACGGUGUGACCGAUGUCGGACGGGACAUCGGAGAUGGGGUCCGCGACGUCGAGAACUUUGGCAGUGGUGUCGACAACUCGUAUGACCAGGGUGUGCAGCAGGGCGAGCAGCAAGGCGGGUGGUGA